AGCAGCAGUAGGCAGCAUGGUUUCAGACUUUUGUUGAAAAGGCCACGCCUCUGGUUUGCUGCAGCUCGGUGUGCAGUGUGACAGCGGCUUGUCUGAAUUUAUUUCAGUCGGGGACGAGAGAGAAAUUGGGAGGAAGGAAUAAGGCGGAUAUCGGUACCCGCUCUCUCAUGCAGUUUUGAAGAAGACGCCCCCUCCCUGCACCUGUUCUGCUUCGUCUUGUUACCGUCUCGUCGCAGGAGUUGAGCCUCUUGCGAGUGAGCGGACGUCGCUUCUCAUUGUUAGAUAGACGUUGUUUUCAGCAUGACUUCGGCGUACAACCUGGAUUUCCACCCUCUGGCCGAAAGUCGGUUAAUGGCUUCGAGCGACACCGUCAACGGCAACGGCAACAAGAUGAACGGGUCACUUGAGCAAUUGGACCAGCCGGACCUAGACUCCAUCAAGAUGUUUGUGGGACAGAUCCCACGAUCCUGGUCAGAAACGGAACUUAAAGAGCUUUUUGAGCCCUUCGGACCUGUGCACCAGAUCAACAUCCUACGUGAUCGCACCCAGAAUCCCCCUCAGAGCAAAGGAUGCUGUUUUGUAACUUUUUAUACAAGAAAAGCUGCACUGGAGGCCCAGAAUGCACUGCACAACAUAAAGACUUUAAGUGGGAUGCAUCAUCCUAUUCAGAUGAAACCCGCUGACAGUGAGAAAACAAGUGCGGUAGAAGACCGAAAACUCUUCAUUGGAAUGGUUUCAAAGAAAUACGGCGAGAAUGAGAUCAGGAUGAUGUUCGCAUCUUUCGGACAGAUGGAGGAGUGCCGAAUUCUCCGGGGACCAGAUGGUCAGAGCAGAGGCUGUGCGUUUGUCACAUUUGCUACCAGGGCAAUGGCACAGAAUGCAAUCAAAACCAUGCAUCACUCUCAGACUAUGGAGGGCUGUUCCUCACCUUUGGUGGUGAAGUUUGCCGACACACAGAGAGAUAAGGAGCAGCGGCGCCUGCAGCAGCAGCUAGUGCAGCAGAUUCAGCAGCUCAACAGCGCCUCCACCUGGGGAAACCUGGCCGGUCUGGGGACCCUCACACCGCAGUACCUGGCAUUGCUCCAACAGGCCACAUCUACCAGUAACCAAGGCAGUUUCAAUAAUAUGCAGAGGCUAGGAGCAGGCAUGAACCCCCUUCAGCUGCAGAAUUUGGCCACAUUAGCUGCUGCUGCAGCUGCAGCCCAGAGCUCUGGCAGCCCGAACUCCACCAGCACCAUGUCUGCAAACAGUGCAGCCCUGGGAGCCCUGGCCAGUCCAGUUGGUUCAACAGCAGCGUCCAGCGCGGGUGCUGCCAUGAACACCUUGGCAUCUCUGGGCACACUGCAGGGUCUCACUGGCACCUCUAUGGGCCUCAACCUCAACGCUCUUACCAACAGCAUCAGUGGUAUGGGGGCCAUGAACGGAGGCCUGGGAGCCUCCAUGGCCAACGGGUCAGCAGCCAGCUCCAUGGACGCUCUGACCCAGGCCUACUCAGGGAUGCAGCAGUACACCGCCUCCGCCCUGCCCUCCCUCUAUGGCCAGUCUCUCCUGCAGCAGAGCAUUGCUGGCGGCCAGAAGGAAGUAGGGCCAGAGGGCGCCAACCUUUUCAUCUACCACCUGCCCCAGGAGUUUGGGGACCAGGAUCUUCUGCAGAUGUUUAUGCCUUUUGGAAAUGUGGUUUCUGCCAAAGUCUUCAUUGACAAGCAGACCAAUCUGAGCAAGUGCUUUGGGUUUGUCAGCUAUGACAAUCCUGUGUCUGCGCAAGCUGCCAUCCAGGCCAUGAAUGGUUUCCAGAUCGGAAUGAAGAGGCUGAAGGUUCAGCUGAAACGCUCCAAGAACGACAGCAAACCCUACUGAUCCUAGCCCUGGGGCCUCCCCCCCUCCCCAGCUCUAAUGCUAGCACUGCUAGGAACAAAUCUCCAUGCCUGUUUGCUCAUCAUUAGCCUAGCAUGUCUUCAUGAUGUUGAAAGCCAAGCCAAACUCCUGGCCUCAUCAUCCCACCAUUGUCUGUGAUGUCUCUCUAAGCUCGUCUGACCAAUACCUGGCCACCCACUGACCCUUGACCUUAGCUCAACCUGAUUUUUCUGCAUGUGUAUUCAUUUUUUUUUUUUUUUUUUUUUAUAGAAAUGUGACAAGUGGGAGAGAGGUCAAGCAAAUCAAUGUGAAAAAUUGCCUGUGUGCAUUCAUUUAAUAAGAGAACUUUUUUCGAAUGUUUUUCCUUUUUUUUUUUUUUUUUUUUUUUUUUUUUUGACUGUUUUAAAAACCAACCUGUGGGAUUUCGUAUUUUUAAUUUAGCUUUGUUUUUUGUGUUUCUUUUUACCUCUCUCAGUAAAAUUCACUUGAAAGUUGAAUACAGGGAUUGGCACACAGCUGUGCUAUUUGGUGCCAUUAGCAAUACGUUGGCUUCUUUUAAAAAAAAUUUAAAAAAAAAGGCGAAAAUGCUACAGGCCACUUUUCAACACUUUUGAAAGUCUGACCAGUAAAACCCCUCUCAGUGCUCUGUAAUGAUCUCUACAUUUUGCGGGCAGUGUGAAGAUUUACACCAAGGCUAUUUAAAAAUAUAUUUUCUUUUCAUUUACAAAAAUCCAGUGUAUUUACCUUUUUUUGAACUAUUGAUGGCACAAUAAAAGGUACAUUUGCUCUGCUUAGAGAAAUGACUACCUACAUGAGUCAACUUUUUUAGAACUGAUUCACAAAUAGACAAUCUGUGGUUUAAAUGCACACUUAGAUUACCUAUAUUUUAUACCAUUGAAUCUAUAGAAGUUUAACUAACAGAACCCAGGCAAAACUUUGGGUUUUUUGUAGAUUAUGUUGUAAUGUCAUCUGUGUGUGUGUGGGGGCGGGGGUGGGUCUUCAGUGUAUUACAUUUUUAAAGAGGACUAAAAUCAGUUUGAUCAGCGUGAAAGUUUGAGGAUCAUUUAUAGUAAAUUAAAAACACUUGAAGUCAAAAAAUUCCUCUGCAUUAAUUGUUAUUUCAACAUCUGGGAAAAAGUAAAAAAAAAAAAAUUCCGUAAGGGUCACAGUAUGUAGACUUAAUUUCUUUUCAGCGUUUAAGAAAAAUUUAGUGUUCAACUUCCACGGUACGUCUUGUUGACUUUCUGUGAGUUUGUCAUUAAUAAUUUAAUUAAUGGAUGUUUUACCUUGGUUUAGUUUGGAUGCCUCAUGUUGAAAGAUGAUUACAAUGUCUGUUAAUCAUACAGAUGCCAGACAAUGUAUUUUUGUUUUAAUUUGAUGUUAAAGUGCCCAUGUGUCAAACUCAGUGUUUUUGAAUUCACAAGUUUUUUCCUGUAAUAUUACCUAGUUUUCUUUACACACACACACACACACUCAUACACGUGACCACACCGUGACACGCAUAACACUUUCUGUGGUUGCAAAUGUGGGAGCCCCUGAAGAAGAGAUCACUUGGACACAACACACGACCUGUGGGUCUCUGCACAUUUUAUAGACACACGCACUCUUGCUUUUUUUUUUAAUUUUAGUUUUUUGCUGAUUGUUCUUUUAAGUGACUUCCAGUAUCAUGUUUCAGUCAUACACGAUGCACAGCACAUUAAUACUACUUACCAAGUCCACGACAAAUAGUGUUGGUUUACAAAUACAUUCCAUUUUUUCAACACAAAGUUUACAUUUAGUUUUUGCCGGGGUGGUAUUUUGUCUGUUGUACUACACGUUGAGACAACCCUGGUAAAAUAACAACCACUUCACUCCCAAAGAAGGGUUCCCUAAAACUGCGUACCUGGUGGCGCUAAAAAGUUGUCAACUCAGGGGCUUUUUUUGUGUGUGAAACUAGACACUCACACAGGAUUACGACACAAAAAUGCACAAUUAUUCAUCAUUUGACCUUUUCGGUUUGGGAUUUUUUUUUUUUUUUUC